AUGGAGGGUAGUGUUAGAUAUAAGGUGCAUAGCGUUCACCUGGAACAUACUUGCAGCGUUGAUGUUAGAUGGAACUAUCACCGCCAGGCGACAUAUACUGUUAUCGGUGAUUUAAUGCGAGCGAAGUAUGGUGUUGAAGGUAAAGGACCACGUGCGUUUGAGCUGCGUCGGCUUUGCCGACAAGAAUUUAGCCUCCACAUUAGCUACUGGAAAGCUUGGAGAGCACUAGAAAUAGCUAUGGAUCGUGCUUUGGGGUCUGCAAUGGGAAGUUACGCAUUGGUCCCAGCGUACUUCAAGAUAUUUUUGGAAGCAAAUCCCAACUUGGUCGUCGGUCUUAAAACAGAGACAGAUCCGUCUGGUGUUGAGAGUUUUAAAUACUUGUUCUUCUCUGUGAAUGCAUGCGCAAGAGGGUAUAGGUACAUGCGCAAAGUCAUCGUGAUUGACGGCACCCAUUUUCGAAACAGAUAUGGCGGAUGCCUUGUAGCUGCCAGCGCACAGGACGGUAACUUUCAAGUGUUCCCUCUAGGGUUCGCGGUUGUUGAUAGCGAGAAUGACGAUGCAUGGGAGUGGUUUCUGUGGAAGCUGACAGAAAUUGUUCCCGAAGAGCCAGAUUUGGUGUUUGUCUCAGAUCGCCAUUCAUCGAUCUAUACAGCAAUUCGUAAGGUUUACCUGAUGUCUUCACAUGGUGCAUAUCGUGCAUACCGUUUGAGUGAAUUCGACAGGAUUUUCGAGGAGAUAAGGAAUACCGACCCAGAAUGCGCAGCGUAUCUAGCGAGGAUCGAUUUCGAGCAUUGGACACGGUCACAUUUCGUUGGUGAUCGAUACAACAUCAUGACAAGUAAUAUCUCAGAAUCGCUAAACUAUGUGCUAACUAUGGCUCGUGAUUUUCCGGUAAUCUCCAUUCUGGAAACAAUUCGGACAACGCUUGUUUCAUGGUUUGCACUAAGACGUGAAGCGGCUAACAAGGACACAGACAUCAUGAACCCCAAGGUGAAGGAAAUGAUGAUGGAAAACUUCAAGAAAUCUGCGGGUUAUUUCAUAAUGAAGAUAGGGGACGGCAUAUAUGAAGUUCGCGACGCAAUGGAUAUUGCAUAUGCUGUUCACUUGUGGGAGCAGUCUUGCACCUGUAGAGCAUUCCAACUCCUAGGGAUACCUUGCGAACACGCCAUUGCAGCAGGUAUUAGGGAUGGGGUUCGAGUAGAGACUCUGGUAAACGUCCAUUACACCGUUCAAUAUCGCAGACUCGCGUAUGAAGCAAUGAUAAUGCCAGUGCCCGACAUGGACACCCUGGAACGUACUACUAAUGAGUCUGGCAAGGUGAGGCUCGGCCCUCCCAAUGUCCGUCGUCCCCCUGGAAGACCUAAAAAGACACGUAUAUUCUCUAAGGGUGAAUUCAAGAGAGUGGCGAGGCGUCGUUGCACAAGAUGCCGUGUCCGUGGCCAUAACAAAUCCACUUGCAAGGGCCCCAUACCGGUACGCAUGUGA